AAGUAUUUUGGGAGUGAUGUGGUUGAGACCAUGUUGAUUAUGAUUUCUGAAUUCAUAUUAAACGAGCUUCUCGUGUGUGCUAUGGAAGUCUACGCCGUAGGAUUUCAGUUACUGUGGUAGAGUCGUACUGUCGUAGACACCAAGUCGAACCAUCAACUAUGUAAAUUGCAACUUUGUUAUGAUCUUAUCUUUGUUUUUACUUGGCAAGAACUAUUGAUUGAUCUUAUGCUACAAACUUCCUUCUGAAUGAGGAAAUAACAAAUAUAUUUGCACCUUUGUCUUAGGGAAUCUAAUUGCUGGAGAGCAUAAGCCCUCCAGAUUAAGACACUAGCUUAAUUAGGACAUAGAGGAUCUUUUGCCUAAAAAUAUGAAAUUCAAGUCACACCGAUAUCAUAUGAGGACUGGUGGAAAGACCUUGAAGGGUCACUGUCUUCCUUUUUAGGAGAUGCUACCAUUGUUCCUUUCUGCAAAUAGGCUAAUGGAUACUGGGGGUAACUCUUUACCAUCUGGAGCAGACGGAACGAAAAGAAAAGUGUGCUACUUCUACGACCCUGAGGUUGGAAAUUACUAUUACGGCCAGGGUCAUCCGAUGAAGCCCCAUAGAAUGCGGAUGACUCAUGCUCUUCUUUCACAAUACGGGUUGCUACAAAAUAUGCAUGUUUUGAAGCCCAACCCUGCACGAGAGAAGGAUCUUUGCAGGUUUCACGCAGACGAUUAUGUGUCUUUCUUGAGAAGAAUCACCCCAGAGACGCAACAAGAUCAAAUGAGGCAGCUGAAGAGGUUCAAUGUUGGAGAAGACUGCCCUGUUUUUGACGGCCUUUAUAACUUCUGUCAGACUUACGCAGGAGGAUCCAUCGGUGGGGCCGUGAAGUUAAAUCACGGACAUUGUGACAUUGCCAUAAAUUGGGCUGGCGGGUUGCACCAUGCCAAAAAAUGUGAGGCCUCUGGUUUCUGCUACGUCAACGAUAUAGUGCUUGCCAUUUUGGAACUCCUUAAAACUCAUGAGCGUGUUUUAUACGUGGACAUCGACAUUCAUCAUGGUGAUGGAGUUGAAGAGGCAUUUUAUAUAACUGACAGAGUCAUGACUGUUUCCUUUCAUAAAUUUGGAGAUUAUUUUCCUGGCACUGGGGACAUAAGAGAUUUUGGAUUCGGAAAGGGGAAAUAUUACGCACUUAAUGUUCCGUUGGAUGAUGGGAUCGAUGAUGAAAGCUAUCAAUCCUUAUUUAAGCCAAUUAUUAGUAAGGUAAUGGAAGUUUUUAGGCCUGGGGCAGUGGUCUUACAAUGUGGGGCUGAUUCUCUAUCCGGGGAUAGGUUAGGCUGCUUCAAUCUCUCGGUUAAAGGUCAUGCAGAGUGCGUCAGAUUUAUGAGAUCUUUCAACGUGCCCCUUCUUUUACUCGGUGGAGGUGGCUACACGAUACGAAAUGUUGCUCGUUGUUGGUGUUAUGAGCAGACUGGAGUGGCACUUGGGGUGGAGGUCGAUGAUCAGAUGCCACGGCAUGAAUAUAUAGAGUACUAUGGCCCAGACUACAAUCUCCAUAUUGCUCCGAGUAACAUGGAAAACAAAAACUGCCGGGACAUGCUCGAAGAAAUAAGAGCAGAGCUUCUUAUGAAUCUGUCAAGGCUUCAGCAUGCUCCAAGUGUCCAGUUUCAGGAGCGACCACCCAAUACGGAACUACCUGAGGUUGACGAAGAUGAAGAGGAUAAAGAUGAAAGACAGCAUCCUGAUUCUAACACAAACAUUGACUAUAGACGCAAUCAAGCGCCUAGCAGGGUGAAGGUGGAAUACGUUGAAUCUGUGGCGAAUGAUAAGAACGAUGAGGGCGUGGAUCAACUCGCUCGUAAGAUACAAUCAACACUUGAGCCUACAAGCUCUAAGGGCUCAAUGGCAGCUCCAGAAGAAGAUUCCAUGCAACAUGAUGGGCUCGGGAAGGAGAACUCGAGAACCCUAAUCGAUGAGCCUACCAAAAUAGAUCAACAUUGAUCAUCACCAGCCUCGAAGGUUCACUAGAGCAUGGAGAAUAACCUUGGGUGGUCUAACGAAAUAUGUGUGCAAUUCUUGGCUCAGUAUGUGAGCAACUAUUGAUAAUCUUGGAGGAUUGGACCUUCUUCGAUUCGAAAAGAAAAUUGCUUGGUCGGGACUUAAGCCCCUCCGUGAUUGGUUAAUCGGGUCGAAAACUUCAACCCUCCUUCAUAUUAUGAAAAGGAGCCGUUUGUGAUUUAUGCCAUCUUAUUGUUUAUGGUUUAUUUCAUUUAUUCUUUAUAAUUGUAAUGUAAUUUUAAGAGAACUGUAGUAAAUAACUAUGGCUUUGUACCUUCAAAGAAGAUUUUGCGUCAUAUUCAUAAUAAUAAUUGCUGUACUUUAUAUUAAA